AUGAAUCGAUUUGUUAUUUACUAAAAGUACUACUUUUCAAAUCCUUUGAGUGAAUUGAAAAAAUAAACCCUUGAUGAUACUGUAGAUGAAGAACCUUCAGAGAAUUUUGAAACAAGGUUUUCUUCUAAUUAGAUUGUCAUAAUUCAAUCCCUUAAUUCAAAAACUAUAAUAGAGAAUUUUGAAGAUAAAAGAUUACUUAAAAAAUCAUGGAGGGAUGACUUUAAAUGGCUUUGA